GUGGUUCCGCUGGGAGCAAAGGAGCCCAGCGGAGACGGAACACACACGCAACAGACACGGAAUACAGCGCGUCAGAGCGGAACGCAGCGUCGAGUUUAUCCCAGAAAAACAGCUCCUCCCCGGACAUAGACUCCUUCAGCCGCAACCAUGGAGCUCCGCGCACGGACCCUGCUCCUGGGUGAACUUUUAGCGGCGGCGCUGGUUCUGGGAGUCCGCGGAGACCUGUGCGAGCUGAACUUUUGUGCAAACGGAGGAACCUGUGUCACCUCUGGAUCUGGAUCUUCUGAGUUUUUUUGCAUCUGCCCUGAAGAAUUCACAGGAGACAACUGCACCGAGAGAGAGACAGGUCCGUGCAUUCCAAACCCAUGUCUGAACGACGGACAGUGUGAGGUGGUGUCAGAGAAACGAAGAGGAGAUGUAUUUAGCCAGUACUACUGUGUGUGUCCCCCCGAGACCACCGGGGGGCACUGCGAGACACGAGUCCCAGGAUCUCACCUACCCUCAACUCAAGAGAUAAACGAGUGCCAGGAGCAACCCUGUCAGAAUGGAGGAACCUGCUCAGACCUGAACGGAGACUUCUCCUGCACCUGUCCCUCCCCCUAUGUGGGCAAACGCUGCCACCUGCGCUGUAUCUCUCGCCUGGGUCUGGAGGGAGGAGGGAUCUCAGAGUCUCAUCUUCGGUCCUCAUCGGUCCGGUACACUCUGAUGGGUCUCCAGCGCUGGGGCCCAGAACUUGCCCGACUUAACCUCAAAGGACUUGUCAACGCCUGGAGCCCCGCCCCCCACGACCGUUACCCCUGGAUACAGGUGGAUUUGACCCGGAUCAUGCGAGUCUCUGGUCUGGUCUCUCAGGGGGCAGGGCGUCUGGGAUACUCUGAGUUUGUGAAGGCCUUUAAAGUGUCCUACAGCCUCAAUGGAACUGACUUUACCUACUACCAGAGAGAUGGGAGAGACGUGGUGUUCUCAGGUAACAUGGAUAAAGACUCUCCAAAGACCUCUCUGUUAGAUCCUCCUCUUUUGACUCAGUUCAUUCGGAUCGUUCCUGUGGUCUGCCGCCGCGCUUGCACCCUGCGCCUGGAGAUCAUCGGCUGUGAGCUCAAUGGUUGCUCGGAGCCAUUGGGGAUGCGUUCUCGUCUGAUCUCGGACUCUCAGGUCUCUGCCUCAUCCUCCUUCAGGACCUGGGGUCUGGACUCAUUCACCUGGAGACCAGAGUACGCCCGACUGGACAAACAGGGAAAAACCAAUGCCUGGACCGCCGCCGUGAGCGAUCAGAACCAGUGGAUACAGGUGGACUUGGGCUCACCAAAGAGGCUCACUGGAAUCAUCACUCAAGGCGCCAAAGACUUCGGCCACAUCCAGUUUGUGACAGCGUUUAAAGUGUCCUACAGCAACAAUGGACGAGACUGGAGCACUGUGAAGGACCAGAGGGGCCAGGACAAGGUCUUUGCUGGUAACUCUGAUAAUAACGUUCAUAAAACAAACGUGUUUGAGCCUCCUUUGUUCAGUCGUUUUGUUCGUGUGGAGCCGUGGGCCUGGCACGGCCGCAUCACUCUGCGCCUGGAGCUCCUCGGCUGCAGCCAGUGACUCCUGCUCUGAAAUACUGCAAAGAUUACUAACUAAAUACAUAUACAGAACAUGAACAAAACAUGAACAGAACACUGACAGAACAUGAACAGAACACAUACAACGGGUUUAAGUACUUUCAAAGUGUUCAGGGCUGUACAAAAGACAAAAUUUCCAAUCUCCUUUAUGUAUAAAUACAAGUCCAGCUGAUUCUGACUGGGUUUAGCCCUGGUUUGGCCCUGGUUUAGGCCUAGUUUAGUCCUGGUUUAGUCCAGAUCUUCUUCUGAAGCCAUUUUCAUAUGAUGUAUAAUUAAUGUGUUAAAGUGUGUCCCAUAUUUUAGAUUUUUUUAAUUCAGAUUUGUUGAUUUCACUGAUCCAGCCUUUUCAGAUCUGAUACUAGAUUGAUACUGUUGAUACCGAGACACACCGAUACGAUACACACCAAUACCAGAACAGAGCCGUAAAGUGGCUCUUAUUCCCUUAAAACACAGUUCAUUAUUAUAAUAAUUAGAGAGCCAGUAGUGUUUUCAUAUUGAACCUUUUCUUAAUCCAAAGCCGUUCCGACUCUUUGGACCAAACUUGGCCCGUAAAGUCUCAUUUCAUCCAAUUAACAAGGAACCGAUACCUGAUCCAGCUCAUUUUACAGUAUUUGUGUAUCGUAUCGGUGCGUCCAUGAUGAGUUUUAUUCUUCGAUCAAUUCUCGAUGUCCUCAUGUUAAGCGCAGGUCACUCCUUUUGCCCAGAGACUGUUCAACUGUUUUUCUGUGAAGCUUUGAUUUGCACAUGGUUCAUGUUUUUGUGGUUCCAAAGUUUUAUAUAUAAAGAGUUUGUUUAUAAAAGGGGAGGGGCUAAAUAUGAGGGAGGGGCUUAAAGUAUUAUGGGUGGGGCUUAAGUAUUAUGGGUGGGGCUUAAGUAUUAUGGGUGGGGCUAAAGUAUUAUGGGCGUGGCUAAAGUAUUAUGGGACGCUGCAAUAAAAGUGUGAAAUCCAAAUAUUCCGUGUUUGUUUUGUAUUAAAAUAAAACAUUUAAAGCUUAAA